UCACACAACUCCAAUUCUAGAGAAAGAGAGAUUGACUCAGAAAAAAAGAAAAGAAAAAGAAAGAGAAAUUGAAGAAGACAAAAUGGGAGAGAGCGCAGUGGGAGAACUGGUCCCCUCCGUGAAGGACGAGCCCUCACUGGACCCCGCGGCGGAACGGCCGCCGGUGCCACCUGCUCCUCCGAAUCCGGAGUCGGAGGACGCGGGACCGAGUGACAUGGACAAGGACUCGCUUUGCCCGAUAUGCAUGCAGAUCAUAAGCGACGCGUUCCUCACUGCGUGUGGCCACAGCUUCUGCUACAUGUGCAUUGUCACGCACCUGAGGAACAAGAGCGACUGUCCUUGUUGCAGUCACUACCUCACUACCGCUCAUAUCUUCCCUAAUUUUCUACUUGAUAAGUUAUUAAGGAGAACUUGUGCUCGUCAGAAAGCAAAGUCUGCGUCCCCUUUUGAACAUCUUCGUCAGUCAUUACAACAGGGUCGUGAGGUGUCAAUUAAGGAGCUAGAUGGCCUGCUGUCUCUCCUCACAGAAAUGAAGAGAAAAAUGGAGCAAGAAGAAGCUGAGAAAAAUAUGCAGAUUCUGCUUGACUUCUUACAUUGCCUGCGGGAGAAAAAGACUGAAGAGCUGAAUGAGUUACAAGCUGAUCUCCUGUAUAUCAAGGAGGACAUAAAUGCUGUACAGAGAUAUAGAACAGGACUGUACCGGACAAAAGAUGGAUUCUCAGUAAAACUGAGGAUGCUUAAUGGUGACUCCAUUGCAACAAAAGCGUGGGCUUCGUUGACUGAUAAGCAUGAAAGUGGCAUUAUGUGCAGUGCACGCUAUGCGCAAGGGCAGAUGGGAUCACAGAACAAAAUUGCUGAUGCAAUGGAUCAAGCGAGCUCCCACGUACUCCAAAGGAGGGAUGCUUGUAGUGGUUCAGAUUUGCAAUCUGUUGCUCCAUCAGCACUAGCUGUAGCAAGAAAAAGGCAGGUCCAUUCACAGUUCAACGGCCUACAAGAGUGUUAUUUGCAAAAGAGGCGGAAUUGGAAUGGGCAGUCUCACAAACAGGAUAGAAGGGACACAAAUACUGUAAGUAGAGGAGGUUAUAAUCCAGGUCUUGAUGAUUUCCUAUCUGUGCUGACUACCUUUACCCGAUACAGUCGAUUGAGGGUCAUUGCUGAACUUCGGCAUGAUGACAUUUUUCACACUCCCAAUAUUGUGUCAAGUAUAGAAUUCGAUCGUGAUAAUGAGUUGUUUGCUACAGCUGGUGUUUCACGGCGCAUCAAGGUUUUUGAUUUUUCCUCAGUGGUGAAUGAACCUGCAGAUGUUCACCGUCCUGUUGUAGAGAUGCCCACACGAUCCAAACUUAUUUGCUUGAGCUGGAAUAAGUACACAAAAAACCAUAUUGCUAGUAGUGAUUAUGAGGGGAUAGUGACUGUUUGGGAUGUAAACAACCGCCAGAGUGUGAUGGAAUAUGAGGAGCAUGAAAAGCGAGCUUGGAGUGUUGAUUUUUCACGCACCGAACCUUCAAUGCUUGUAUCAGGCAGUGAUGACUGCAAGGUCAAAAUUUGGUGCACAAGGCAAGAAGCAAGUGUUCUUACAAUCGACAUGAAAGCGAAUAUUUGUUCUGUCAAGUAUAAUCCUGGAUCAAGCAUUUAUGUGGCAGUUGGUUCUUCAGAUCGUCACGUUCGCUAUUAUGACUUGAGAAAUAUCAGCCAACCCCUGCAUGUGUUUAGCGGGCACAGAAAAGCUGUUUCAUAUGUAAAAUUCUUGUCUAACAAUGAACUUGCUUCUGCAUCUACUGACAACACAUUGCGCUUGUGGGAUGUGAAGGAAAAUUUACCACUGCGCACGUACAGAGGCCACGUGAAUGAGAAGAAUUUUGUGGGUCUCUCGGUAAAUAGCGAGUACAUAGCUUGUGGCAGUGAGACAAACGAAGUGUUCGUUUAUCACAAGGCUAUCUCUAAACCAAUGGCUUGGCAUAGAUUUGGUUCUUCAGAAGGAGAUGAUGAGAAUAAUGUAGGACGUUACUUCAUCAGUGCUGUUUGUUGGAAGAAUGAUAGCCCAACAAUGUUGACUGCAAAUAGUCAAGGAACGAUUAAAGUACUAGUACUUGCAGCGUGAAGGAUAGGGCAGGGGGAAUAGUUGGUGGAAAUUGAAAAUUAAUUAAAAUCCUCAUUAUUUAAAGUCCCAUCUCUCCACUGCUUGAUAUUUGCGUAUGUUAUUGAGUAUGAAAUGGGCAGGUAAGGUUAGGAUUGUCGGCCCCAUUGAAGUUUAUAUCCACGUCAUUGAGCAGAAAAGCUGCAAGUAAACUCGUACGCGUAACAUUAUUCUACAGACUACAGGUGAUCUUUUGAGCCUAGAGAAUAUAUUAGUUUGGACAUGAAAAGAUUUACACAGCAUCCAACUCAUUUCAAUAUAA